UGCAUGUUCUGAUACCUGUGAAGCAGUCUUAAGCUUGUAGGGUCCACCAAGAUGUCCAAGGAAGGAGAGUCCAGUGACGGACGUAUGGGCGUGUGGCUGGACAUGUGGGACAAUGGAGGCAUGUCCGAGUUCCAGGUCAACAAGCCUCACCCGAAAAUCCAGGAACAUUACGAGUUUUACACUUCUGGCAACCCCGAUGCAACACUCUUUUUCCCGCUAUGUGGAGACAUGCAUGAUAUGGUCGU